CUGCAUAAUAUAUUCCAGAGGCAGUGCCUCGAAGGCUAUACAAUCCCUUCAUCGGACUGUAUCACGUAUCAAGUAUGCUACAACGGAAAAUACGUUGCUGCGAAUUGUGGAAACAUUUCUGCUAGCAUUCCAGAUGUGAAGGCCCAGGGCAGGUUUUCGACGCUUCAUCAAAAAAGUGUCGUAGUGGGAAACCAUGGCAAUGCGCGUCCUACGCCGAAGUGCAAUGUCGACACGGAGAGAAAAUCGUGGACAAGAAUUCGUCACCAUGUGACCGUCGUGUGA